AUGAUCCUCAAAGACACCCAAGAACUCCAAGCUGAGGUCACUCUCCUGGAGUCGCAACUCCAAGAUGCCCGCGCUCAACUAGCAGCCUCCGAAUACCCCAGCCCACCCUCCUCAUGGGCCGUCAAAGAACGAUAUAAUACCAAUAAUAAUAAACUCACGACCUCAACCCGCACAUCUCUUCACGCCCUCCUCCUCCUCUCAGACUCCGCCCUCCCACUAGGAUCGUUCGCCUACUCUAGCGGACUUGAAUCCUACCUCGCCCACAACAAACCCUCCCGCACAGCCCCGAUAACCUCCUUCCACCGCUUCCUCAAACUCUCCAUCGCCUCAAUCGCAAGCACAUCCCUUCCCUACGUGUUAGCCGGACAUCGACACCCCUCAACCCUGGACACACUAGACAACGACCUGGACGCAUCAACGCCGUGUAUCGUCGCACAGCGCGCAAGCAUUGCGCAAGGCCGCGCGCUCAUCGGCGUCUGGGAGCGCGCAUUUAGAGUCAGCUUUGCGGGGCCCGAGAACCCAGCUUCGGGGGAAACUGCGGCCGCCGUCACUGCUAUUGAUGAUUUAUCCGAUGCGUUGAAGUCUUGUCUCGAGGAGGACGAGGAUCUCGGUCCCAAGGGCCACUUUGCCCCGCUGUGGGGUGUGGUCUGUCGGGCUAUGGGCCUGGACUUGCAGCAGACGGCGUAUGUCUUUGUUAUGAAUCAUGCUAAGGCUGUGCUUAGUGCGGCUGUUAGAGCGGGUGUCAUGGGCCCUUACCAGGCGCAGAAUGUGUUAGCUAGUCAGGCGUUGCAGGAUACGAUGAUGAAGCGCAUUGCGCGGGAAUGGAAUACGCCUGUUGAACAGGCUGGUCAGGUUGUCCCUGCGCUGGAUCUUUGGGUUGGGAGGCAUGAGUUGUUGUAUAGUCGAAUCUUUAACUCAUGA